AUGAUUCGCUCUUCUGGUCGUCGCAUAGCGGUAAACACGCAACCUCACAGGCAAUGGAUGACACAAUGUCAAAAGCCUUCUCCACGAUGGCAGUCUACUGCUGAAGUCUCAAAGCCGUCAAAGUCCUCUACAGGGUCCUUGGCUAUCUGGGGAGCUGCCGCCGUGGUUGCCACCGGAGGGACAGCCUAUUGGCUGAAUAAGAAACCAACUAACAACACGAUACCCAACGUCCCCAUUCUCAAGCCUGUCACUUCGGAUGCGGAAAUUCCGAUUACAUCUCCAGUGAAAGCGUUGGAUCUUAGAUCUGCAAACGAAAAAUUGCGAGAACAAGCUCAAUCAUUCGUGUUUGACAGCGCAAAUGGGGGAAAGGGCCGUGUUGAUACUGUCCGCGUCGCCAGCAAUGACCCAGUGGAGGAUGAAUGGUCCAUUGGGUUUGGUGGCGGGAUCCAGGGCGAGAAGACGUUGUACGCUGGAGUUUUUGAUGGCCAUGCUGGCUGGGCUACGUCUAAAGUCCUAAAAGAGGCACUGAUUCCGUAUGUCUCCUCAUCUCUGGCGAAGAUAGGGCAUACCAGUUCCGGAGAUGUUGUCGACGCCGCAAUCAAAAAAGCAUUUACAAAUCUUGAUGAUCGCAUCAUGUCAAAUGCCCAAAAGGCUGUCGAUGGAGGCUGGUCCUGCGCUCUGCUUACCAUUUAUGAGCCUAAGUCGUCCACCCUGCGUACAGCUGUGACCGGAGAUUCGCGGGCCGUUUUGGGAUCUUGGUCGGCUGAUGCCAAGGCAUUCACGGCCCAUGCACUGAGCAAAGACCAGACUGGAUUCAAUGAAGAAGAAGUUAAGCGGCUGAAUGCUGAGCACCCUGGCGAAGGUAGCGACAUUCUCAGUGCUGAAACCGGAAGACUCAUGGGCAUUGCGGUCACAAGAGGAUUUGGCGACCAUCGCUGGAAAUGGACAAAUGAGUUCAUCAAGCAUCUGCAAUCCAAUUUUUAUGGCAGUGCUCCCCGCCCUAAAUCGAAGACACCUCCAUAUAUGACAGCCUCCCCAGAGGUCACCACCAGGAAAGUUGAAUCGUCAGACUUUGUGAUUCUUGCCUCUGAUGGUUUGUGGGAUGUAAUGUCCAACGAUGACGCGGUGGCCUGUGUAUCUCGAUGGCUGGCAGCUCGUCGGAAAGGGAAGCCGGAGGUUGUGCAGGACGCCAAGUUCACUUCAUACACGCUCGAUGAGGAUGGAUAUGCCAGUUAUAAAGCAACGCCCGAGUACUUUGCUAUAGAAGAUCUGGAUAAUGCGGCAGUGUGUUUGGUUAAGAAUGCGCUUGGUGGGAACAGGAGAGGGCUAUUUUGCGGAGCCAUGACUGUGCCCACUCCUACAAGCCGAUAUAUGAGGGAUGAUAUCACGGUGCAAAUUGUGUUUUUCAAAGACCCUUAA